AUGUUCCUCAGACGCAUUGGCAUUUCCCAGAUCGCUUCCUACAUGAUCGCUGGACUGAUUCUAGGGCCCCAGCUUUGUGAUGUGCUAGAGAAAUCUUCCGGGAAAGUAUCGGAGGAUCCUGCGUUAGAUGGAAACGCUACCUUAAGAAGCAUCUCAGUGUUUGGAACCAUAAUGUUUAACUUUUUGAUGAGUCUUAGAACCAGCCGGAGAGUGGCGUUCAUUAGCGGAAAGCUACCCGUUGUGAUCGGGAUUUUGUCCUUCUUUGCUCCUCUGUUUGGUCUCGGUUUCCAGAACUUCUUCUCUGACAGCAUUGACCCUAAUUACAUGCCUCUGAAAACAGGACUAGGCGAGCGCACAGCGAUCGUUAUAACACAGUCUUCUAUACUUUUGCCUUCCACAACAUACAUCUUGUUAGAGCUCAAGAUCCUCAACUCCGAGAUCGGCCGCCUUGCAUUGUCUGCAUGUGUCAUCAACGAUAUCUUUGGGACAAUUUCCAUAGUACUCGCUUCUGUUCACGCAACGUACAAGAAUGUUUCACAUGUAACUGCCUAUCGUGACGCUAUCGCAGUGGUCAUCUUCGUUCUCGUCGUCUUUCUUGUUUUUAAGCCCAUCGUGCAAUGGAUGAUAGAUCGCACACCGGAAGGCAAACCCGUGAAGAAUAUGUACGUUAACGCUGUUGUUCUAACCGCAUUGGCUUCCUCUGUUUAUUCUAUGAUAUUUAACAUGAAAUAUGUGUUGGGACCAUUAGUGGUCGGUCUUGUCAUACCCGAAGGUCCACCAUUAGGAUCGGCGUUGGAGACUAAGUACGAGAAGCUCACGAUGAACGUCUUCUUACCAAUCUCGAUCACUGUCAGCGUGAUGAGAAGCGAUGCAAUAAGGAUGUUCACAGAGUUCAGUCACAUCCUCGUUAACAUCUUCUUAACGGCAUUAACACUUCUCCUAAAACUGGUCGCAUGCCUUGCACCUUGCUUGUACUAUAAAUUACCUCUCAACGAAUCCCUGGCCAUUUCCAUCAUCUUGAGCUAUAAAAGUUUCGCUGAUUUCGUUCUCUAUGAGUCCGUAUUAGACGACGCGUAUAUAUCACAGGCAACGUACGCGUUCUUGAUCAUUUAUUCGUUACUAAGUGCUGGUAUUGUUCCAGUAGUGUUAAGGAGAUUGUAUGAUCCGAAAAGGAAAUACGUUAAUUACCAAAAACGGAACAUAUUGCAUUUGGAACCAAGUUCCAGUCUCCAGAUUUUAACUUGUUUGCACAGACCUGAGAACGUCUCUGCGGCCAUUGCAUUCCUCCAGUUGUUGUCCUCACCAAACCUAGAUUUCCCAAUCGCGGUCACGGUUCUCUAUCUGGUGAAGCUAGUAGGUCAGAUCAAUCCUGUUCUAAUCUCCGACCAUAAGAAGUCGAAACGGCUUCACACCGACUCGUACAUCCAUACCGCAAACCUUGCUUUCAGAAAGUUCAUGCUCGAAGGCUUGAAGUCCGUAACAGUAGCCACUUUCACGGCAUUCUCGCAUGAGAAGAUGAUGCACGAAGAUAUUUGCACGCUCGCACUUGACCAGACAGCGUCAAUGAUUAUUGUCCCUUCAGGGAGGAGAUGGACCGCAGAUGGGAUGUUCGAAUCAGAUGACGAUGCCACAAGGCGACUAAACCAAGCGUUGCUAGAGAGUGCGCCUUGUUCUAUUGGAAUACUAAUUGAUCGUGGACAUUUCUCACGCAAAGGCAAUGUAGCGAGCAAGAAAAAUUACAAUAUCGAUGUCGGUGUUAUUUUUAUCGGAGGCAAAGAUGAUAGAGAGGCACUAUCUUUGGUGAGGAGGAUGAAACAUAACCCAAGGGUUCGUGUAACCGUCAUCCGCCUCUUGUUCAAACAAGAAAUAGGGCCAGAAAACUGGGAGUACAUUCUGGACAAUGAAUGCUUAAAGGAUUUCAAGAUUGCAGACGUAAUGAACAAUGUUGAUUACACAGAGAGGAAUCUGACCAGUGGAGCUGAGGUUGCCAGCAUCGUCCAAUUUCUGGCCUACGAGCAUGAUCUUAUGCUGGUUGGAAGAGAUCAAGGCAUUGCAUCACCAAACUUUUUAGGACUUACAGAUUGGGUCGAACUUCCAGAGUUAGGUGUCAUUGGAGAUUUUUUAGCCGCUAAAGAGCUUAGCUCUAAGGUCUCUGUUUUGGUAGUUCAACAACAGCAGCAACAGGCGUGA